CUCUGGUGUGCGAAUCUCGUCCUUUGCAGUUCCGUCAUUCCAAGUCCAAACACUCCACAACCUCCUAACACUGCCAUUUUAUUGAGGGUCCCACACUAACUCCUUCCACUAUCCAGAUCUCUUUCCCUCCCUCCAAAACACAACCAGGCACCACUCUCUCUCUCUAAACCUUAUAUCUUUCUCUCUCUAAAGUUGAAAGAAUCCAAUCAACCCAGGUAUCUUUAAUUUUGUUUUUGUGGGCAAAACAGAUAGAUAUAUAUAUGCAUUUACAACUUUACCAUUUCCCAUUUCAACAAACUUUCAGCUUUACUUUUCUUUUUUCAUCCAAUUAAUAUUAUAAGACAGUCACUUUUUAUCUGUUCUUUCUUUUUCUCUACCAUUUUUAUAUGCUAUCAUUUCUCUGUCACUCUUUUUCAUUAUACAACAAGAACAGAAAUGGAGGCUAGGUUUCUCUUUCUCCUUCUCCCCCCUGUUCUUCUCUUCCUGGGUGUCACAACAGCUCAGAAUCCAGGUUUCGUAAGUUUAGAUUGUGGAGGUCAAGAGAAUUUUAACGAUGAGCUUGGUCUUCAGUGGACUCCCGAUGAUAGCUUUAUGUAUGGGGAAACAGCUAAUAUUUCUGUUGCAAAUGAGACAAGGAAGCAAUAUAUGACACUAAGACACUUUCCUGCUGAUAACAGGAAGUACUGUUAUACACUUAAUGUUACCACUAGGACAAGGUACCUAGUAAGAGCAAGCUUCUUGUACGGUAACUUUGACAACAAUAAUGUUUACCCAAAGUUUGACAUUUCCCUUGGGCCAACUCAUUGGGCUACAAUUGCCAUUUCAGAUGCUGAUACAAUAGAGGUUCAAGAGUUAAUAUUUCUGGCUUCAGAUCCUACAAUUAGUGUGUGUUUAUCCAAUGCUACAACUGGGAAGCCGUUUCUCUCUACCCUUGAGCUUCGACAGUUUAAUGGUUCAAUCUAUCUCACACAAUUUGAGAAUCAGUUCUAUCUCAGCGUGUCCGCAAGAAUAAAUUUUGGUGCAGAUAGUGAAGCUCCAGUCAGGUAUCCUGAUGAUCCAUUCGACAGAAUAUGGGAAUCUGACUCCGUGAGGAAAGCAAAUUACCUUGUUGAUGUUGCUGCCGGAACGGAAAAAGUGUCAACUCGUAUGCCAAUUGAUGUUAGCAAGGGUGAAAGACCACCUCAGAAAGUGAUGCAGACAGCUGUAGUUGGCAGAAAUGGAUCAUUAACAUACCGCCUGAACCUGGAUGGUUUUCCGGGUUUUGGUUGGGCAUUCACCUACUUUGCAGAAAUUGAAGAUUUGAAACCAAAUGAGGUCAGGAAAUUCAGGCUAGUACUUCCAGGAAAUCCUGAUCUCAGCAAACCUGCUGUUAAUAUCGAAGAAAAUGCUCAAGGAAAAUACCGACUAUACGAACCUGGAUUUCCCAACAUAUCCUUCCCCUUUGUGUUAUCUUUUAGAUUUGGGAGAACAUCUGAUUCCACCUUGGGGCCCCUUCUGAAUGCAAUGGAGAUAAAUAAGUAUGUUAAGAAAAUUGAUGGUUCCCUAGAUGGAUCUGUUAUUGCUACAGUGGUCUCACUUUACUCAUCAGCAGAUUGGGCACAAGAGGGGGGUGACCCAUGUCUGCCAGUUCCAUGGUCUUGGGUGCUGUGUAAUUCAGAUCCCCAACCAAGAAUAGUUUCAAUUAAAUUGUCUGGGAAGAAUUUGACAGGGAAUAUCCCUUCGGACUUGACAAAGCUAAGUGGCUUAGUUGAAUUAUGGCUCGAUGGGAAUUCACUGACCGGUCCAAUACCAGAUUUUUCUGGAUGCAUGGGCUUGAAGAUCAUUCAUCUUGAGAACAAUCAAUUGACUGGUGAACUGCCUCCCUCGUUGGUGGAUCUACCAAAUCUGAGGGAAUUGUACGUGCAGAAUAAUAUGUUGUCUGGAACAGUGUCAUCAGCUCUUUUGGACAAGAAUUUGGUCUUGAACUACACUGGAAAUGCUAAUCUUCACAAAAAGCACAACAAAGUGAGCCAGAAUAAAAUUAUAAUUGGAUCAUCAGUUGGAGCUGCUGUUCUGCUUAUAGCUACUAUUGGCUCUUGUAUAUUAAUGCACAAAGGAAAGAAGAAAUAUCCUAAGCAAGACAAGCUUGGGCAUGCUGUUUCUGCUCAAAGGUUAGUUUCUUCCCUGGGUGAUGCUGCCAAUGAAGCUGCACAUUGCUUCUCAGUAUCUGAAAUUGAAGAUGCUACGAGUAAUUUUGAGAAAAAAGUUGGCUCAGGAGGCUUUGGAGUUGUAUACUAUGGGAAAUUGAAAGAUGGAAAGGAGAUAGCGGUCAAAGUCCUCACCAGUAAUUCCUUCCAGGGGAAGCGGGAAUUUUCGAAUGAGGUGAGUCUUCUUUCAAGGAUACAUCACAGAAACCUGGUACAAUUUCUUGGGUAUUGUCAAGAAGAAGGAAAAAGUAUCCUUGUUUAUGAGUUCAUGCAUAAUGGAACUCUCAAGGAACAUCUUUAUGGACCCUUAACACGUGAGCGAAGUAUCAGUUGGAUCAAGCGCCUUGAGAUUGCUGAAGAUGCUGCAAAAGGGAUUGAGUACCUUCAUACAGGCUGUGUUCCAUCCAUCAUCCAUAGGGAUUUAAAGACUAGCAAUAUACUACUUGACAGAAACUUGAGAGCAAAGGUUUCAGAUUUUGGUCUCUCAAAACUUGCAGUAGAUGGAGCCUCCCAUGUGUCAAGCAUAGUUCGAGGCACUGUUGGGUAUCUGGAUCCCGAGUACUAUAUCUCCCAGCAGUUAACCGAGAAGAGUGACGUUUAUAGUUUUGGUGUUAUUCUUCUUGAGCUAAUAUCUGGCCACGAAGCAAUAUCUAAUGAAAGUUUUGGUGCCAACUGCCGCAACAUAGUCCAAUGGGCAAAAUUACACAUUCAGAGUGGGGACAUUCAAGGAAUUGUUGAUCCGUCCCUACAUGGUGUAUACGACAAUCAAACAAUGUGGAAGAUAGCCGAGAAAGCUUUGAUGUGUGUCCAACCACACGGUCAUAUGAGGCCAUCGAUGUCGGAAGUUAUCAAAGAGAUCCAAGAUGCAAUCUUAAUUGAAAGAGGAGCAGAGGCGGUGAGAGAAGGUAGCUCAGAUGACAUAUCAAGGCAUUCUAUGCAUUCUUCACAGAACAUUGCAAGUCCUAUGGAUAUAGGUGCAAGUGAGCAUUGCUUGUCAAUUGAUGCGGCAAUGGCGCAGCCAACGGCUCGGUAGUUCUUGUUCACCUAGGAGCUUGUGGUUGUUGUUUUUCAUAUUCUUUUAGUCUAGGAUUACAUGAUUGUGAUGCUGAAUCAUGAUGUCAAAAAGUAAAGCAAAAUCUUAUAUAUGAUGAGGUUGUAAGUUUUGAGCUUGGUGGAUUUCACUAAUAUUUCCCUAUAUUCUACUAUUAAAAGUCAUGUUGUUCAGCA